UCAACGUGACUUGAUCCGCAAACUUAAGCGAGUAAUUGCAAAACAAUUGAUUGUAUCUCUGCAGAAAGAUGAUAGUGGUAAAUCUACGGGUGCAUUCUCCUCAUUUUUACCAAUUGAUUUGGGAGAUGUUGCUCUACAAGCUAUUUCCCCGUCCGGAGAUCAACUUUUGGUCUUAAGAGCUGUAUCAAAUGAAAAAGGAAAAAAGAGAUUUGUUGAAGUAAUGUUUUUUAAUACUCUGUUUUUAAUAAAUUUAAAAAUAUAUGAUCAUAUAUAUGAAUUGUUGAAUUUGCAGACUUGGAAACUAGGAUCAUUAAUAAAUGUUUUAGAUGUUACCGAUGUUCAUAGAGAGUUCUAUACUGAUGACGAAUUUGGUGGUCUCUAUUGGUCAAAUGAUGAGCAAAAAGCUGUUUAUGUUGCAGAACGAAAGGAAUUAGAAGAUUCUGAUGAUCGACGUGCUCCUUUAAUUGUUGUUUUUGAUAUUUCAACAAAUGAAGCAAAAGUUUUACCAACGUUUGAAAAAAUUGAUCCUGGACAGCAACUUGGAGUGAUAACUGGUUGUCAUGAAGACAACUUGAUUGUUGAUUGGACAGUGAUUGAUCAGCCUGAUGUAGAAAAAGUGGCACCUACUCUUGCCAAAUCCACAUGGUCCAUAUUGCAACCUUUCGAAAAGAAUCCUUAUUUGGAAUUAAUAGUCCACAAACCCAAAGAAGUUCCUUUAGACAAAAAACCACCUCUCAUCGUUAUUCCACAUGGUGGACCGCAUAGUGUUUGUGUUACAAGUAUUAGCUUGACCAUAUCGACCCUAGUUUCCUUGGGUUAUUUUAUUGUGGAAGGUAUGCUUUCAGUCAUUGAGUUAGAAAUUUAUAGAAAUAAAUUGAUCGCGUUACAAAAGACUAUACCAAAAAUUCUAAAUUUUUUUUUAAAAAAAAUAGUUAACUAUACGGGAAGUGUUGGCUUCGGUCAAGAUUCCGUUGAUGCACUUAUUGGAAAUAUUGGUAAUUUAGAAGUUGAGGAAGUUCAGGCUACAGCACAGUAUUUUAUUGAUCAACACGAAGUUGAUCCUGAUGCGAUAACAAUAUUUGGUGGUAGUCACGGUGGAUUUAUCUCUGGGCACUUGAUUGGAAAAUAUCCGGUGCUUUGCAGAACUAGGCCUCCCAUACUCUUUAUCCAAGCCACCAAUUCUCAAGCCAUCCGAUUAUGCCAAGAU